AUGUUCUCCACGUUACAGAAAACCAUCAGACCAGUGCGGGCUGCCAGAAGACUGCAUAACACUGCAGUGGAGGUCCAGAAGCACCCAGCCCCAGAAGAUACGGUCACAGCCAGUUUUGGGAAGUUCAUCAGUGAAAUAAAGCCUCAGCAUUUGUCUCCGGUUGUGCUCCAUCGCAGCAAAAGGAUGGUGCUGGACAGCAUCGGGGUCGGACUGAUAGGGAGCAGGACAGAUGUGUUUGAGCUGGCUCUUCAGUUCUGCCAGACUCAUUCCAUGGACUUUGACGACACGUGGCAUCCAGCCACUCAUCCCUCAGGAGCUGUUCUCCCAGCUUUGUUUGCUCUCAGUGACAUGAUGCCGGCUAACAGCAAACCAAGCGGUCUGGACUUUUUACUGGCCUUCAAUGUCGGCAUUGAGAUCCAGGGCCGUCUGAUGAGGUUCUCUAAUGAAGCACGCAGCAUUCCCAAGAGGUCAGUGCCUCACAGCACAAGUGUGUGUGUGUGUGUGUGUGUGUGUGUGUGUGUGAACAGGUUCCAUCCUCCCACUGUGGUGGGUCCUAUGGGAAGUGCAGCAGCCUGUUCUCGUCUCCUGUCUCUGGAUCCGUCUCAGUGCAGUCAUGCCUUGGCUAUAGCAGCUUCUCUAGCUGGAGCUCCGAUGGCUAAUGCUGCCACUCAGUCCAAGCCCCUUCACAUCGGCAACGCCUCUCGUUUGGGGAUUGAAGCUGCUCUACUGGCCUCCAGAGGCCUAGAGGCCAGUCCUCUGGUCUUGGAUGCUGUUGCAGGAGUGGCGGGCUUCAGCGCCUUUUAUGAAGAUUAUGUUCCUCAGCCUUUAGAGUCACCUGAUGGUGGUGGACAUGUGUUCCUGUUAGAGGAGCAGGACAUGGCUUUUAAGCGUUUUCCUGCCCAUCUGGGGAUGCACUGGGUGGCUGAUGCUGCAGCUGCGGUCCAUGAGCUCCUUGUGGGACAUGGUCUAGGACAGGUGUCCCCACAUCAGGUCCAGGACAUCCUGCUCAGGGUCCCCCAGUCUAAAUACAUCAACAGGCCUUUUCCCGAGUCAGAGCACGAGGCACGCCACUCCUUCCAGUUUAACGCCUGCAGCGCUCUGCUGGACGGUGAGGUGACCGUGCAGUCCUUCAGCCCGCCUGCCAUGAGCCGCCGAGAGCUGCACUUCCUGCUAAGCCGUGUUCGCAUGGAGCAUCCUGAGGACAACCCCGCCAAUUUCAACCGCAUGUACGGAGAAGUCCAGGUGACUCUAGUUGGAGGAGACAUCCUGAAGGGCCGCUGUGACACCUUCUACGGCCACUGGCGCAACCCGCUGACAAACGAGAGCCUGAGCAAGAAGUUCAGAAGCAACGCAGAGGUGGUGCUGCCAUCAGAGAAGGUGGAGCGGCUGGUGGAGGUGGUGGAGGAGCUGGACAGGCUGGAUGAUUGUGGAGCUCUUCUCUCACAGCUGCAGUGAUCAGUAAUACUGAACAAUAAAGCAACAAUCCUUCAGCAUAGAAAUAAGAAUAAUAUUAUUUUUAUAUUAAUGUUCUUAAAUGAUCUGCUUAAUGUAGACUGGAAAUAAACACAUUGUCAUGUUUUUCCUCUGGAGUUUUCCUCAAGCUGAUGUUUCCUCUAUUGUUCAAUAUUGUCUUUUGGUAUUGAAUUCUGUUUUUAUCGUAACAAAAUUCAGAUAAAAACAUGACUCGUG